UCUCAUACUGUCGCACACUCCCACAGAGUCCAGACAGUCCCUGCAGUGGUUACACUCGCUGGUCCUGAUCAAAGAACAAGGAGUCUUCAUAUUUUAUCCUUUGGACUGAACGUUUGGUUGCGUGGGGACCCUGAUUUAUUCCAACUGAUUUGUCGUCCAUCGCUGCCUCCUGUUUUCAACAACACCCCCCACCCUAACCUCGUACCCCUGGCGGGAGGAAGACUCAACUUGACCCGCCAUGUUUCUCGCACUGGUGGUGACGCCGGAGCUGAGGCAGUUCCUGGCCAGAGCAAGAGGCGGAGCAGCGCGCCUCAUCAAAGUAUGCAUCCAGGAUGAGCAGCUGGUGCUGGGAGCCUACAGAGAGCCUCAACAAGACUGGGACCAGGACUAUGACCACUUCCUGCUUCCUCUUCUGGACGACCAGGAGCCCUGCUACAUCCUGUACCGCCUCGACUCCCAGAAUGCUCAGGGCUAUGAGUGGAUUUUCAUCUCGUGGUCUCCUGACCAAUCUCCUGUGAAGCAGAAGAUGCUGUACGCUGCCACUCGAGCCACAGUAAAGAAAGAGUUUGGCGGCGGCCACGUGAAGUACGAGAUGUUUGGCACCACAGAGGAGGACAUCUGUUUGCAGGGUUACCAACAUCAUGUGUCGUCCUGCUCAGGUCCGGCCCCUCUAACAUUAGCUGAGCAGGAGCUGCAGAGGAUCAAAAUUACAGAGGUGAAGACAGAAAUUAGCGUAGAGAGCAAGCACCAGACGCUUCAGGGCCUCGCUUUUCCUCUGCAGGAGUCAGCCAAAAGAAGCCUACUGCUACUGGCUCAGAAACGCAUCAACUAUGUACAGCUGAGGCUGGAUGUGGAAAAGGAGACGAUAGAACUGGUCCACUCCAACCCAACAGAAACUCGUGAUUUACCCCGCAGGGUUCCCAAAGACACUCCCAGAUACCACUUCUUCCUUUACAAGCACUCCCAUGAAGGAGAUUACCUGGAAUCUGUUGUGUUUAUCUACUCCAUGCCAGGAUACAGCUGCAGCAUUAAGGAGCGGAUGCUUUAUUCCAGCUGCAAGAGUCGACUACUGGAGGAAGUGGAGAGGGAUUACCAUUUGGAAGUGGUUAAAAAGUUGGAGAUCGAUGAUGGAGACGAGCUGACGGAGGAAUUUCUGUACGACGAGGUCCAUCCCAAGCAGUACGCUCACAAACAGGCCUUUGCAAAGCCCCGGGGCCCUGCAGGAAAAAGAGGACAUAAACGUCUUAUUAAGGGGGCUGGAGAGGCCAUUCAGGACAGCUAGAGGCAGAUCCUAAUAAAAAUGAAAGAUAUCUUAAAAGUGGCAUCUGCACUUUCAGGCCUUACUUCCUGUUUGUCCAACUAUUGAAAAUGUUUUUGUUUGGUAUGCACUGUAGUCAGUGUCUCUUGGUCUUUUUGAUAAUGUUUUACAGACAAAAUGUCACUCAUAUAAGAUAAUCUGCUCUUAAGAAUUUGUAAUUUGCUAAAUCGGCAUGCUUAAAUGUCCAGGGAAGCCUUUAAAUGAAAAAAAAAAUGCAAUGAAAUUUCUCAAUACCAUAUGUUUAUACAGUGGUAUCAGAUAUUUUUGUUAAGAGUUUUGCAUUUUUAUUGUCUGCUGAUAUCCAACAUAUUUAUUAAACACUGUUUGUUGAUGUGUUGUGUUUAGAGACUGGACACUUAAUUGAAGAGGAAUUAAAGCAGACUAGGAGCUUUGCAGUCCGACUACAAUUCCAGUGUAAACUUGUCAUGGGCAUGAAUGUUAUUGUAAUUGUGAGCUUUUAUUAAUUUAUAUGAACUGUUCUUUUCACAAUGUAGGUGGAAUAAUGAACGAGAACUGAAAAUCUUCAACCCAACCUGAACAUAUAGGGUUAAACAUAAACACCCAACUUCAGCAAUAUUUGGUUAAAUGUCCCUGAGCAAACUGCACCACCAUGCUGCUCCGGGCUGAGAGGGAGUCCGUCAUGAAAGAAGCCCUUAAUCCAAAAUCAAACCUCAGGCUUUAACAUUGCAGUUGAUCACAUGGACAAACAAAAUGCCCUUUGGAGAAAAGUUGUAUUGGCAAACCAGACAAAGAUUAGGAUAUUUGGCCACAAUAAAAAUAAGUAUGUUCGGAGCUUAUGCUAAUGAUGCUGGUGCAUUGCACACUAUGAGUAGAAUAAUAAAGGAGGAGGGCUGGCCCAAAUUUCUUUAACCUCACCUUAACUCAAUAUAAACAUACCUUCCAUUCAUAUUUGGCAAAAAGUCCCUUGGAAAGCUCAGCUUCCACCACACAAUGCCCAUGUGAGAAAUAAGCCCCUGUUUCAAAAUCAAACAUCAACCUCCACACAUUUUGGGGCUGCCCACAUGGACAAGCCAAAUGCCUUUAAAAGGGUUUUAUAAGCCAAAACAACUUGGUUGUUGACUUGUCUAAGACAACAACUGAGCUUUAUUGGGCACAACAACAAGAAAAUGCUUGGAGUGGUCAAAGUGAGGUUUUCAAACCAAAAAACAAUGUACCAAUUAUCUAGCAUGGUGGUGGCAGUAUCUUGCUGUGGGGCUGUUUCCCUGCGAGUGGCACUGGUGUAUUGCAUAAAGUUAAUAAAAUGACAAAAACAGA